GACGGGCGUAUGUCACGUCAUCACGUGUGACAUAGACACUUUCCAAGUCACGCUUCCAACCCGCACCUCAACCUCAUAGCACAUCAUGCUGAACGCUGCUCUCCGUGCCGUCUGCCCCGUUGCCGUGCGCAGCAUGCGCAGGUCGACACCUUCCACCGCUUUCCGCGCGCUUUCCACUACCACUCCUCGUUUUUCGGGUCCCGCACCUCCUUCGAUCUUCGGGGAGGGUGCUAAGCCCGGUGAAAUUCCUUCCGACGAGCAACAAGCAACUGGUCUGGAGCGCUUCCAGCUUCUCGGGGAGAUGCAGGGUAUUGAGGCGUUUGACGUGGAGCCUCUUGACUCGAGUCGUGUGGGCACUCUGGCAGACCCGAUCAAAGUCUUUUCACUGGACACGUCUCGCAUUGUGGGAUGCACUGGUUCGCCAGCAGAAAGCCAUGAGUUGCACUGGUUCACUGUCAAUAAAGAGAAAAACCGUCGUUGCCCUGAAUGCGGCUCUGUCUACGCACUCGACUUCCAGGGUGUGGAACACCAUGAUGCUCACCACCAUUAA